AUGGAAGAAGACACGUCGCUGGUCCACUAUUACUGCAGAAAGGGUUGGUUUCAUCAUGUAAAGACAAUAUGUGACUUGGCACUCAAGCGACGAAUGGGAGAUCCCUUACUGCUCUUCUGGAAGGCAUUCUCCCUCCUCUCAUGCAGGAAACCUGUCGAGGCCAUACGAGAUCUCCUCCCUCUCUUGGAAAAGAGGGAUCUAGUCCUGGCGGCCCCCGCGGCCCUGAUUCAUGCUCAUCGUCAAUGCCAGACAAUAGAUCACGAGGCCAUAGACGAACUACAGGCCAAAUUAACAAUUGCCUCUUCCUCAACGAACCUCUCGGAUCGUGCUCAUAUACAUGUCGCUCUCUUCUAUCUCUACAUUGGCGACACCGACCACGCCAAGCAACACGUUAAAUCCGCUCUAGAUAUUGCUAAUUCAGCCCUGGCUCUGACUGCCAUGGGCUGGAUUGAACUAAAACGAGCGGCUUCUCGACCAGCCCAAUCUAACUGGUUUGAUAGAGCAUUGGAAGUAGACAGUUUCGCUGUAGAUGCUUUGAUGGGUAAAAUGGACUUUCUCUGUAAAGUUCGCAAUCAGCUAGAAGUCGCCUUGGAUUUGGCAGCACAAAUAACUGUAAAGUUACCUACCUUCCUCCCCGCUCAUAUUGAAAGAAUGUGGAUAUUGCUCGGCAUGGAAGCUUGGGAUCAGAUGCUAGAAGCCUCUACCAUCGUGCUGACAAUGGCACCAGACAAUAUUGAUGCAUUGCUUGCUGCUGCUCUGCAUCAAGUGUGUCGAGAAGGCAACUUGAAGACAGUAGUAGAACAAUUGACACAAUUAAAUCAAGUUAUAGCGAAAGUCGAACCAUCAAAUUCAUCUUUGCUUCUUUCCACGUCAAGAGCAUUUUCCAGACUUGCCUCGAGGCAUGCUGGAAUUUUGCAACAAUGUUACAUAAUGAUUGAACGUGCAUUGAAGUUAGACCCUAGUAGUAGCAUCUGGGCUGAAAUGGGGUAUCUGCAAAUAUUACGCGGUAUAUCCUCUGCUGGUUUCGCGCUUCUGUCAUCAAUUACAGCUAGGGUUUGGAAUGGUGCUAAUCAUUUCGACAUUGUAGGAAACGUGGCGAGUGCCAAGGACGCAUACCAGACUUCAUCAAAUCUAGACUCUCAUAAUUUUGACGCUCUACAAGGUCUGAUUCACUGCCAGCUACUGGAUGGUGAUUAUGGCUCGGCUGGAGAACAGCUGGAGUUAUGCAAUGAGCUACAGGCCACUCUAGGACAUUCAAGUUACAUCGCCUACUUGACCUCAUUAUAUUCUUGGCUUGCUUACCGAGACUCGGAAUCCAGAAUCAAGUCGCUGGAUGAGGUCGUUGAAUUACAGCGUCAGAAAGCCGAAACAAUUCAGCCAAGCGUCUCAUUCUUUAUUCACAUCAAUUGUGAUUUAUUAAUGGAGGUUGCUCGCGAUUUUAUGGAGAUGGCUCCAUCAGACCCAAAAGCAGGGCAUCCUUCUUUACGAUCAGCAGAAGCUCUUCUUUCCUUUGUAACCCGACUGCUACCAGCAUGCUCUGCUGCAGUUCUGCUUCAAGCAACCGCUCAAUACCUCUCACAACAAUCCUCAACAGCCAUGUCCACUCUCGUUGCUCUUCUAAAGCAAGACCAAUCCUCGCCAAAAGCUCACUUGCUCAUGGCAAGAAUCCAAAUACAGCUCAAGAAAUAUGAUCAGGCCCUUCAAUCCUGUGAGAUGGCUCUCGCAGGUGGAUUUGAAGUACGAGGUUGGUUGUCGUGGAACUAUUUGAGAGGCAAGGCCCUUUCAGGCCAAGGUCGCUACGAAGAAGCCAUUACCGCUUUUUCAGCGGCCCUUUCCGUUGUUUCCAAAGGAGUCGAUUCAAAGAGCAAAGGCUUGCAAGCGUCAUCAGAGGGAGUUCUUGCCUCUGAUAGGGUUAAUGUGUUCUUGGAGUUAGUGGAUUGUCACGGGAAAUUGAAUCAUCAGGAAGAAGCCACGCGAUUGAUGCAAGAUGCGCAAAGGCUUUUCUCGUCCAGCAUGGAUGGGUCCCGCUUCACGCUUGCUAGUGCAGAACUUGCCAUUCAACGUGAAGACUACGACAAGGCAAUCGAGCUUUUGAGCACCAUACCUCCAACCCAUAAUACCUUUGUUGAUGCCAAAACUCGUAUGGCUGAGAUAUAUCUCAAGUUCAAUCACAACAACCAAAUGUAUGUAAAGUGUUUUGGUGAUAUUGUCGAGCACUCGCCGUCUGCAGAGAACUCUAUAUGUCUAGGAGACGCUUAUAUGACUAUUUCUGAAUAUGAAAAAGCAAUUGCUAUCUAUGAGUCGGCUCUACAAUCGUAUCCUGAAGCCAGAGAACUCGCCUCAAAGGUUGGAUAUGCUCUUGUUAAGACGCAUCGUUAUCAGAAGGCGAUUGCAUAUUAUGAAUCCGCACUUGAAGGUGCAACAGAUAUACCGUUGAUGAUUGACUUGGCUGACUUGCAUCGCCGUUUGGGUCAAUUUGACGAAGCUGAACGCAUCGUACAUAAAUGUUUGGACGGCCAAGAUGCUAGCGGCAGAGCAGCAGAUGUAGCAUUGCACCAAAAUAUCAAAUUGAAUUUGUUGUUGGCUCGUAUAUAUCAUGAUACUAGUAAUCUACCAUCCGCUUUUACGUAUCUGAGCCGGGCUCGAGAUCUGCAGCUGCGGGCCGUCUCCGGAGGUGGCUCUACCGCAACUUCUGACCAGUUACGAGUUGGUUGUGGAGAUAUCUGCCAUCAACUUGGCGAAGUGGCUCUUGCUAUGAAUGACUCGGAUGCUGCAAAGGACUUCUGGACUCAAGCCCUUCAGAUGAAUUCCGCUAGUCGUCAGUCUCUGAUAUGUUUGAUUAAGCUCUGCAUGAGUCAAACGGAUUUGGGCAAUGCUCACUCAUAUCUCAAUUCAUUGCUUAAACUGAACCCAGAUGACCCUGAAGCUGCUGUACUAGUUGCUGAUGUCUCACUGCGGCGAGGUGCGUUCGAUCACGCCAUUACACAUUACCGAGAAUUGCUGGAACGUCAACCUCAGAAUUAUAUGGCAUUGGAAAGAUUUAUUGAGGUAUCGAGACGAGCUGGCAUGCUAGGUGAAGCAGCCAAAGCCAUCACCAUCGUUGAAGACCGCCGAAAGAAGGUCAUUGGAACAGCUAGCACGGCUGGAUUGAGAUUCUGUAAAGGAUUGCAUGCUCGGUAUAUCAAUAAUGCAAAUCUAGCCUUGCGAGAAUUCAAUGCUUGCAGGAGAGAUCUUGUUUGGGGUGAACGAGCCAUUUCUGCAAUGGUCGAAAUCUUUUUGAAUCCCGACAAUGAGAUUUUGGGUGGUGAGGCUUUGAAUGCUGUUCGAGAAGCUCAAGAGCCUGGUGCAGAGACGGAUGAUUCUGAUUCUGACCUGUUGGCGGUACUUACAGCUGACAAGCUGUUGAAAGAGCUACCUCAAAAUCCAAAGUCUGUUAAAACUCGUGUGUUGGAGUGCUAUGCACUGAUGGGCACACGACACAAAUCAGAGUGCGAACUGGCUGUCGCUAGGCUGACAGACGUUCUCAACGAUAAUCCUGAUCAUGUGCCAUCACUUUUGGGUCAAGCUAUCGCUUAUAUGCAUCUUAAGCAACCACCGAGAGCCAGGAACCAGCUCAAACGAAUAGCUAAGCUGGAUUGGACUAGUGAAUUAGGAGACGAGUUUGAACGUAGUUGGCUGCUCUUGGCUGAUAUCUACAUUCAGGGUGGGAAGUUUGAUCUGGCUACGGAAUUAGUGAAACGAGUACUCAAACACAAUAUGUCUUCGUUACGUGCAUAUGAGUUACUGGGACACAUAAUGGAAAAGGAAGCAUCGUAUCGUGAUGCAUCGGAUCAGUACGAACGAGCGUGGCAGCUAUGUAACCAUAAUUCUGCAGCUACAGGUUAUCGCCUAGCCUUCAACUAUCUGAAAGCCAAGAGAUACGUUGAGGCCAUUGAAGUAUGUCUCAAGAUAUUAGAAAAGGACGCAGAAUAUCCAAAGGUGAAGAAGGACAUUCUUGAGAAAGCACGUGCUGCACUAAGACCUUGA